AGCCGUUUGACAACAGCAGUGCAGUACCGAGUGGCCGUAGCUGUCGGGAGUCUUGUCAACACAUCCCGCACCAGAAGAUGAUCCACCGUUGAUCCAUCCACUAGAAGUAGUUAGGUUUUGUGAGCGUGUGCAUCAGGCAAGCAAAUAUCGCCGUGCGACGUGUUCGUUUUAGGGCUCAAGUAAACUUAGAAGAAAGUAGCGUUUCUCGCUCGGACGAAACAAGAUUAGUUACUGUCCAGCGUGACCAGAUCACAUUUAGCCGAGGUAAACUGCUCCUCUCGGUGGUCUUCUUCGUUUCUGUGUGAGUGUGUUUGUGUGUUUUAGUGAAGAAUUCAAUUUAUCAACCGUUCCCUGGUGUUCACCGUGCUCCCGUGUCCCCUUCGUCACAGUGGAUCGGAACUACUUGGAUAUUGAAUAUCCUAAGCGGGCUCUAGACAGUCGUCCUCCCCGUAUCGCUGUCACCGCUUACCGGCACACAGCCACAAACGAAAAGGAUGCAGCGUGAUAAAUUGAACUGUCACAACACGAAAGGUACGUGAAGCUAUUUUUCCCCUUCACAAUCAACAUGGCGCUUUUCUCUGCUUGCCGUGAACCGUCCCGGGAAACAAGGAUGUGAACAUGUUGUGUAACUGUGUUGUGUUUAUCACCUUUUUUCGGGCCGUACACCUUCGUCAGGAAGUCAUUAGAAACAGAUCGGCAACAGAUGGUGAUCAUCGUUCGCAAGUGGUUCAUAGCAGGCGACCAUAGAGAAAACAGACUACUGAAAAGGACGGGGCCUUGUCUAUACACCGCUUUCGGUGUUCUUCACUACCAAAUGGUGACGUUCCCGAUGGCAGCAGAGCAGCGAACGUAUCGAGGUGCCAGUGAUAGCAUCGCCCAGUGUCGACCACACAAUCCGUCUACACAAUCAUAUCCCGAUGAGCGGUGGCUGCAGGCAGUUGCCACUCGUGCCACCAUUGCUUCGUAGUUAGGUUUAAAACACUUACCACUAGAGGGCGCUCGCCUUCACGUUACUUCACGUCUACUAGCUCCAAUAGGCGCUGGAGAGCUCUUGUACGUGAGCCGGUAUAGAUAGCUUAUAGACAGCCAGAAAAGACCGUCGUGCGGAAUUGAUACAGCCCGAAAGGCGAAACAUUGAUGCAGAUACAUUACCGCCUGGUAAAGGAACAGGAAUCAUACAGUCGACGGCUUACGGGUCCGCUACCGUUCGCAAGCAUGCUCCGAUCGUACAAACUGUACCUGAUGCUGCUCAUUAGCUCGAUCUUCUUUAUCGUGUGCCAGAACCAGGGAUCGAUCACCAGUCUCGUGAGCAAUGUGGCGGCCGCUCCAUCGGCAUCCGCAGCCGAUGAUCCACUGGGCGUGCCGGAUGUCGUUGCGGCACCACUGCAGGCGCUCGGUGUGGGUAACGAUGGCAUUGAGCUGCUGUACGGUGGAGACUCGGAACCAUCGCUCGGUGCGGAAAAGAUCCGCUCGCGAAGCCUUAACUUCAAGGAUAUGCCACUGAAGCUGAACGAUCGUUCGUCGUCUACAUCGGCCGCUACCAGUAGUUCGGCGGCGACGACCACCACUACCACGACCAGUACGGUCAGGAAGACACCGACAACGACCACUACCAAAGCGUUAUCGACAACGACGAGUGGCAAUGGAAUAUUGAAGUCCUCCGAUAGUGGAUCGUUGGGUAGAGUUACUGAUGUGCCGUAUCGAUUUCCGGUGGACACGAAGCUACUCCCGCCGCUGUACAUCAUCACGCCGACAUACCGACGGCCCGAGCAGAUACCGGAGCUUACCCGGCUCGGUUACACGCUGAAACACGUGCAGAACGUACUGUGGAUUGUGGUCGAGGACUCGGAGAAUCGGACCGCCAGUGUCGCCCGGCUGCUGGAGGAAAUCGGUGUACCGUUUGUGCAGCUGGCCGCUCCGAUGCCGGCCCAGUACCGCAAGCAAAAGGUUAAACCACGCGGUGUGUCCAAUCGUAACCGAGCACUACAGUGGAUACGGGCGAACGCCACGGAAGGAACGCUGUACUUCGCCGACGACGACAACACGUACAAUCUGAAGUUGUUUGAGCAGUUGCGUCACGUGCGCAAGGUAGCCAUGUUCCCGGUAGGACUAAUCUCCAAGUACCAGGUCAGCUCACCGAUUGUGAAGAACGGUACGAUAACGGGUUUCUACGAUGGUUGGCUCGGCGGACGGAAGUAUCCGCUGGAUAUGGCCGGAUUUGCUGUAUCGGUCAAGUUUCUACACUCACGGCCCAAGGCCCAGAUGCCCUUUAAGCCCGGGUACGAAGAGGACGGGUUCCUGCGCAGCCUGGAACCGCUCGAUCUGAAGGAGGUGGAGCUGUUGGCCUCCAACUGUACGGAGAUCCUGACAUGGCACACACAGGCAAGGAAAAAUCCACCCGCCCCAGCACUGGACCGGAAGAAGUACGGUGGCACAAACCUGGUACAGCUGACUAGUUGGCUCGUGUAGAAAGAGUGGAUCGCGACCGGACAUUCGCUGAUGGUGCCACGCUGGCUAAAGAAACUCUCCGUCUGGGUGUUUAAGGGAGGCCCCUAAGGUGCUGCGUUUUUCCGCGUCGUAGAGAGCGAUCGAACCUUGCUGUAUCAGCAUCACACUUUCUUUCAACAUCGGUUAGUUUUUUCUUCUGUCAAAUCCUGGUAACUGUUGUCUCAGAAGGAGCAGAAUGGUGGUCGGAUAGGUGGUGGUCGAUUGGUACUUAACGAUUUCAGGAGCAACUCGGACGGUGGUGUCGUGUUGGGUUGAUAAGUUCAGCUUAAAAUGUGCGUGAAUGUUUUCACACCAAUCGUACCGUAACCGAACUGACGAGCUCGAAAGGCAAACGAGUGCAGAGAUUAGCUGCCACUGUAAGGAGAAAGAAAAACUGGAGAGAGAGAGUGUGUCAGUCAGUCACCGAUUUAUCAUUUUAUUGAAAUUAUCAGUAGGUUAGAAUAUGCACCAAAGAAGUGGCCAAAACUGAUCGAUACAUCAACACACACACACACACACACAUCCAAUGGGAAAAAUGAAGUGAUUCUGUAGAUAUUAUUGUAAUGUUCGCUUAAUCCAAGUGAAAGGUCCACGGUGGCCAUUUAAUAGCUCUUCAACUCGAAACCUAUUACACUUUCCAACAAAACACAAGAACUAACCACAACUAUGAUUUCGAGAAGCUGAGGAGAGAUGAAUCUUUUUUGAAUUGCACUGCAUUUGACUCGCGCUGUUAGGAUUUAAGGUUUAAAAAAAAUGGAAACUUGCGUACUUUAUGUAUCAUACAUGAGCGCAUAAUCCUUGUCCUGGCACCCUGGGUCUCUCCAUACCGAAACUCCCGUGCAAUCCCGUUAACAAAUCCCGUAUACAUAGUGCGUACAACUAUUCAAAACUAUAUACACUUACAUACAUUCACGUUUUUUUCCCCACUAAUAACACUCAAGAGUAAGGGAGGGAACGAGCUCCAAAACUGCAACCCUCCCAAAUUGUCCUGGUACGCCUGGUGUUGGAGUUGGUGCAGAAAAAAAAACAUUAGUCCUUCACCCAGAACAUCUGGAUGGGAAUCCUUUUUAGAUAGUAAAGUUUUUUAACAAAUUGACUAGCAACUAGACAAUGGGUACCAGCCGGUUGGAAUUGGUCAGACUAACGGUGCGCAUCACCCUUAUUAUGGUGCCGCGCUUGGUCCAUUGCGAUAUUUGUACAUAUACGUCUAGUGCCGGUACUGGAAGACAUACGUUUUUACUUCAACCCUUAGUUAACACGUAGCUAAGUGAUAUCAGUAUAGAUACAUAUAUUGCUGUAUUCGAGCUCUAGUUUUUAAGGUCGUACUUUUAAGCAUAGUCCCACGUACUAGUCCACCCUUUUUUCGGCCAGUCCCACAAUGGCAGAGGGAGCUGGCGGUUCCGACUGGAAGUCAGCAGCGUGUAACGAAGAGCGGACAGUAGUGACCGAAAACUUACCGAAAGUACCUUUUCCAGCAAACGGUGUAUAACAAUCGAAGGUCGACUCCUCGAUGUACUCUUGAUGUAGCGCACGUAGUCCUCCACAGCACUGUACUUUGGCUGCUAUGGUGGACCUGCAGGAGGUGUACUUGUUCAGGUUCCUUUUCCUCUCGUACCGUUUAAGCGAAUGUAUGUUAAUGAACAAGAUAUCAAACAAUAUUCACACGUAUAACAACAACCGAACCCGGAGCCACAAACUCUGUCGCGAACGAGCUUCUUCUGAUGUAAAAAAAAUACUAGCUGUUUAUUAACUAUCUUAUCAGGUGUACCCUUAGGAUCUAUUACGUCUGUGCAUCGUUUCCAGUUUAAUCGUGUGCUUUCGGUUUUCGUGAUCAAUCUUGAUAAAACCCGUUCAAUCUUUCUAGAACAACUGCAACAAGCUUUUUUGGCAAAAUCUAUUUCGCUUUCGUUUCAUACCUUUGUGUGUUGGGCAAGAGCUCGACACUAACAAUAUGCAUGUGAAUUUGUUCUACCAUUCAUUACUGUUUGUUGUCGAAGCAAUUCCUAGAAUUCUUACAUUAAGCCGCCGGAAGAUGUUUUCAUCAAUUGUGGAUGUUGGAAUGAACAUUAUGGAAAGGAAACGUUUUGGGGGAAGGUUUAAAACACUACACUCGGUGUGAAAUGUGCGGGAAACGUGGGCAAAAACGACUUGUGAUCUUUAGCGGGGUUUGUAGGGCGCGAAAAAGGGCGAACAUGAUCGAGCAGAGAGGAUAGUGGAAAGGGAUGAUGGAAAUGAAGGAAAUCAAUCGAAAAACAAAAACACCGUCUCCGGUAAGUGAUAAUCUACUAUUUCACUCGCAUGGGCGUGAGAGUUUUGAGGACGAGAAAAAGUAAAAUGAAAACAAUAAACUUGACUUCUAUCUUACCGAUUUCAGGAA